CAGCGGAAAUGCAUCACUGGGCAUAUAAGCAAGGAUCCAUGAAGCAUUUCUCUUCUUUCCAUCCCCCAUCCCAGAUUGACAAAGCCAUCUUGCUGUCAUUCACAAACAAACACCAGCUCUGGCGAAAACCCUCACACACCACAACCAACAUCCCGCAUACUGCCCACCAUGGUUCCCCAAGCCAUCUCUGGUUUCUUCUCCCCUCUUAGCAAAGAGAGUCUCAAAUUCGGCGUCACACCCACGAGUUCCCGCACCCUCCACCCCAUUCUCGCCAAAGCCGAGACCAUCUACGAAACCAAACCCGACGGGUUCAUCCUCACGUCUGUCGUCUAUGGGGCGGAAGGUGACAUUCCCGAUAUCUUCAUCGAGGUCUGCUCCCCUCGUGCCUCUCACCAAUCCUACAAAGAUCGCCACGACGCCCUCGUCAUUCAACGAAUCCUGAACCUUGUGGCCAAGAACGCUCUUGCGUCCGCCACCGAGGAGGGCAAGGGCAUCUACCGCACCGCCCGCCAGGCCAAGCAGGCCGUCCACCAAGCCAUCAAAGACCUCCAUGGCAUUCACGGCAAGGCUGGAUACUUUCGCUUUGCCCAUGUCCACUUCAGGUCCUUUGACAAGCUCAAAGAGGCCAGAAUGGCCACCAAACCCUACAUCACCCAGGGGCAGGGCGCGAGCGUGAACCUGGAGCAGGCAUGCCAGCAGGUGAUGAAUGGCUUGAAGUCCACUAGGCAAGCUUUGGAGAGAGAGUGGUCCGAGCAGAAGCAGAGAAGGAUGCUGUUUGCGGAGAAGAAGAGGAAGUUGGACAUGGAUUUGUUGGAGGACGGGAGAACGGCUCGCUGGAUUCAGGAAUCGUCUUUUGAAUCCUGUCUUUCUUCUGUUAGCUUCUUUUCACCGCCUCCAUCUUACCGUAGCCAGUCUUGCGUAUACUAAAGAGAUGCUGAAAGAGGUGGAAUGGCUUAGACGGAAU